UGGCGGAUCCCGGAUACAGAUUGGAGCGUCACCAUGGAGACAGUAAACAGCCUCCGUCUCAGACUGCCGCCACCAUCCGCAGGGGGGAGCAGAAACGCUCAGAACACAUAACCACACUCUCCUCACAAUGCCCGACUUACCUUCAGACAGCAAUGUUUCGGGGUCUACUCCAUUACCCAUCUUCCAAAGAAACCCGGCUGCUGACCUUAGAAAGAUGCGGCGGGUCAUCACUGAGGACUUCAGCUGGUCGUUGGCCAUGGUACCCCCACUCAGCGAGCUCUGUCUACAGCAGAUUGUCAGUAACUUUGAGAAAAAUCCUAUUCUGGAUAAGCUGGUCCCUAAGCACAAGACCAAAGUUCUGGACAGGAUCUCCACAUUGCUGCCUCUUAAAGUCACCGCCAACCUGAUCAGUGAUGAAAGCUACUGGAAGCGUUGCUGUGCUCAGCGCUGGGCUGUCUGUGAUAUCUCCCAAUAUAGGGGUAGCUGGAAGAGACUGUACUUUGAGCGACACCUUCAGAACCUCAUUGAAUGUUUCAUCCCUGACUUAACAGAUGCACAAUCCAUCUUAGAGGUGGCAGAACUUGGCAAGGACUAUGUCGCAAAGCUUGAAAUCCAGCAAUUGCUUCCUCCUGUUAAGCUGGAGGAUAAAAAAGAGGGUGAGGUUGAUGAAAUUUCUGACUCUGGAAGUGAAGUUGACCUGGAUCUGCCUUCCAUGGACCACUUUGACCUGAAUCUCAUUGCCAAUUGUCUUCAUGGGUUGGAAGAGCUGCACUUGGUGUAUGGAGUAAAGGACUGUGGUGUUAAUUUCCAGUGGAACCUCUUUAACUUCACAGAACAAGACUGCGUCUCUCUUGCUAAGGCUCUUCAAAUCUUCAAAAACCUAAAGGUAUUUAGGCUUAACAAGAGCAAAGUGGAUGAUGAAAAGGUCCGUGUCCUCGUCAGAAGGUUGUUAAACCAUCCAUCCUUGGUACACCUUGACCUGUCACAUAACAAGAUCUCAGAUCGUGGGGCAAGAGCUGUUGGCAAACUGAUGAGCCAGAGCCAGCUGCGGAUCCUGAACCUAUGCAACAACAAUGUGCGUUCUAAUGGGGCUCAGGCCAUAGCUCAUGCUCUCUCCAAGAACAAUUCCCUGACCAGCCUCAACCUUCGACUAAAUCAUAUUGUGGAUGAGGGUGGGCAAGCUCUGUGCCAAGCUUUACUGCACAACACAAGCCUUAUGACUCUUCACUUGGGAAGCAAUGAGUUGUCUGAGCCCACUGCCUCAGUCCUCUCUCAGGUCCUCUCUCAGAACACGACAAUUAAGAGUAUCAGUCUCUCAUGUAACCGCAUUGGCCUGGAUGGGGGGAAGCAACUACUGGAGGGAAUAACAGACAACAAAACACUUGUAGAAUUCGACCUACGCUUGACUGAAAUUGGGCAGGAAAGUGAGAUAUUCAUCAACCAGGUUCUGCAAAAUAACCAGGAGCAAGCGAGGCUAGAAGCCUUAGAGAAGAGGCCACCAUCUCGGGUCUGACUCUGUGGUGGCAAAACAAGCUGUGUGAUGCCAACUAUUGCAGCAUCCCCUGUCUGUAUUUAACUUGUUUCUUUAAAAUGGCAUUAUUAUACUCUUCCUACGCUU